CGCAGUGCAAAUCGGGAAAAGGGGAUGAGCUGAGCUGGUUUCCGUCCGGAUAGCAAAGGGCUAGUUGUUCCUGGGGCUGGUGGGAGAUGAUGAGCUUUUGGCAAGGCGCUGAGGAAAAAAGUUACUUUUAAUGAAGUAAACCAUCCAUUGUGAAAGUGGAAAAGUAAAGAUUGUUCAUCAUGCCUGCUGUGGCUUCAGUUCCUAAAGAACUCUACCUCAGUUCUUCACUAAAAGACCUCAAUAAGAAGACAGAAAUUAAACCAGAGAAACUAAGCACUAAGAACUAUAUGCAGAGUGCCCUGAAGAUCUUUAAGAAAGCAGAAGAAUGUAGAUUAGAUCGUGAUGAAGAAAAGGCCUAUGUACUAUAUAUGAGAUAUAUGACUGUUUAUAAUCUUAUCAGAAACAGACCUGAUUUCAAGCAACAGCAGGACGACUUUCCUGGAGUACUUGGACCUGCAAACAUCAAAAAAGCUAUUGAAGAAGCUGAAAGACUCUCUGAAAGCCUGAAACUCAGAUAUGAGGAAGCUGAAGUUCGGAAAAAACUUGAAGAGAAGGACAGACAGGAAGAGCAGCUGCAACAACAGAAAAGGCAGGAAGCAGAAACAGAGGAUGAUGGCAUGUUGGCCAAAAGUUCUUUGGAGAAUGUAUUGGAUGCCAAAGACAAAACCCAAGAGGUCAAUGGUGAAAUUAGUGGAAAAAAUGAGACAGCAGAAAGAGGAGCGAUCACAGCAAAUGAACUAUUUACAAUGAUGAUGGAUAAAAACAUCAGCUUGAUUAUAAUGGAUGCUCGAAGAAUGCAAGAUUAUCAAGAUUCCCGUAUUUCAGAUUCUGUCAGUGUUCCUGAAGAAGCCAUCAGUCCAGGAGUUACUGCCAGUUGGAUUGAAGCAAAUCUCCCAGAUGAUUCUAAAGACAUGUGGAAGAAGAGGGGGGUUGUGGAUUAUGUGGUACUUCUUGACUGGUUUAGUUCUGCAAAAGAUUUACAGCUUGGAACAACUCUACGGAGUCUGAAAGAUGCACUUUUCAAGUGGGAAAGUAAAACUGUCCUGCGAAAUGAGCCUUUGAUUUUAGAGGGAGGCUAUGAAAACUGGCUCCUUUACUAUCCCCAGUUCACAACAAAUGCUAAAGUCACUCCACCCUCACGAGGCAAGAAUGAAGAGGUGUUUAUCUCAUUGGAUUUUACUUAUCCCUCACUGGAAGAAUCAGUUCCUUCUAAACCUGCCACCCAGAUACAGCCUUCUCCUAUAGAAGUGGAUGAAAAUAUAGAAUUGAUAAAUGAUCAAGAUGAUCAUAUGGGACCACUAAAUAUAUCAACUCCAGUUGCACCAAUUGCUGCUUCUAAAUCUGAUGUUUCACCUAUAAUUCAGCCAGUGCCUAUCGUAAAGAAUAUUCCACAGAUUGAUCGUACUAAAAAACCAGCACUCAAACUGCCUGAAGAUCAUAGAAUAAAAUCUGAAAAUACAGACCAUGAGCGACAGUCUCCUCAGGAUGGAAAAGUUGUUCCUGAUCGUUCCACAAAGCCAGUAUUUGCCCCCCCAACUGCCAUGUUAACAGAUGAAGAGAAGGCUCAGAUUCAUGGAGAAACCACUCACCUAAAGGAGAAAAACAAACAAGAAAAAGAACUUCGGGAAAGGCAACUAGAGGAACAUAAAGAGAAAGUGAGGAGAGAAGAGCAAGAACAAAAAGCCACAAAGAAACAAGAAGCAGAAGAAAAUGAAAUCUCAGAGAAGAAAAAAGAAGCAGAAGAAGAAAUGGAGAAGAGAGAAAGUGAACAGGCUAAGAAAGAAGAUAAAGAAUCUUCAGUAAAGAGAGGCAAAGAAACAACAGGCAUAAAAAGACAGAGUAAAAUUGAACGUGAAACUACUGAUGCCAAGAAAUCUUUGGAAGAUAGGGGGAAACGGUGUCCAACGCCAGAAAUGCAGAGGAGGUCAGUAGGAGUUGUGCCCCACGCACCUGUGACAGGAGAUUCAAGUUCAGGCAAGCCUGUCAAAAUUAAAGGACUUCCAGAAAGCGGAAUUCUAAAGACAGGAACUUCUAGAGAGAAUACUGAGGAUACUGAAAGAAAUAAAGCUCAACGAGAGCCUUUGACAAGAGCACGAAGUGAAGAAAUGGGGAGAAUUAUACCAGGACUGCCUUCAGGCUGGGUCAAGUUUCUUGACUCAGUCACUGGAACCUUUCGUUAUUAUCAUUCACCCACCAACACUGUUCAUGUGUAUCCACCGGAAAUGGCUCCUUCAUCUGCACCUCCUUCAACUCCUCCAACUCAUAAAGCUAAGCCACAGAUUCCUGCUGAGCGGGAUAGGGAACCUUCCAAACUGAAGCGCUCCUACUCCUCCCCAGACAUAACCCAGGCUGUUCAAGAGGAAGAGAAGAGGAAGCCAACAGUAACUCCAACAGUUAAUCGGGAAAACAAGCCAAUGUGCUACCCUAAAGCUGAAAUCUCAAGACUUUCUGCUUCUCAGAUUCGGAACCUCAAUCCUGUUUUUGGAGGAUCUGGACCAGCUCUCACUGGACUUCGUAAUUUAGGAAAUACUUGUUACAUGAACUCAGUAUUGCAAUGCCUAUGCAAUGCUCCACAUUUGGCUGAUUAUUUCAAUCGAAACUGUUACCAGGAAGAUAUUAACAGGUCAAAUUUGUUGGGGCAUAAAGGAGAAGUGGCAGAAGAAUUUGGUAUAAUCAUGAAAGCCCUCUGGACAGGACAGUACAGGUAUAUCAGUCCGAAAGACUUUAAAAGCACCAUUGGGAAGAUCAAUGACCAGUUUGCAGGAUAUAGCCAGCAAGAUUCACAAGAACUGCUUCUGUUCCUAAUGGAUGGGCUCCAUGAAGACCUAAAUAAAGCUGAUAAUCGAAAGAGAUAUAAAGAAGAAAAUAAUGAUCAUCUUGAUGACUUUAAAGCGGCAGAACUUGCUUGGCAAAAACACAAGCAGCUCAAUGAAUCUAUUAUCGUUGCACUUUUUCAGGGUCAAUUUAAAUCCACAGUACAGUGCCUCACAUGUCACAAAAAGUCUAGGACAUUUGAGGCCUUCAUGUAUUUGUCUCUGCCACUAGCAUCGACAAGUAAAUGUACAUUACAAGAUUGCCUUAGAUUAUUUUCCAAAGAAGAAAAACUCACAGACAACAACAGAUUUUACUGCAGUCAUUGCAGAACUCAACGGGAUUCUCUAAAAAAGAUAGAAAUUUGGAAGUUGCCACCUGUGCUUUUGGUGCAUCUGAAACGUUUCUCUUACGAUGGAAGGUGGAAGCAAAAAUUACAGACCUCUGUGGACUUUCCAUUAGAAAAUCUUGACUUGUCACAAUAUGUUAUUGGUCCAAAGAACAAUUUGAAAAAGUAUAACUUGUUUUCUGUUUCAAAUCACUACGGAGGGCUGGAUGGAGGCCACUACACUGCCUAUUGUAAAAAUGCAGCAAGACAGCGGUGGUUUAAGUUCGAUGAUCACGAAGUUUCUGAUAUCGCCGUUUCUUCUGUGAAAUCAUCAGCUGCUUACAUCCUCUUUUAUACUUCAUUAGGACCACGAGCAACUGAUGCAGCCAUAUAAGGAGAAGUAGGUAGUAAGCUUGUUGUCUUUGAAGAGGCAUGGCAGCACAGCUCUUGAAUUGCUUAUAAAGAUACUGGAUAGCAAUAGCUGGCCAUUUAGAGGAAUUCCGGGCAGUGGGAGCUGUGUUACUGCAUAUAUUUUAGAUGAGUGUUCUUAUCAAAAAACCAACUAAUAACAUCUCACAAGUAUUGCAGUAAGAAUCCCUUACAGGUACCAUUUAUUUCAAAACAACUUUUUUAGUCUGCUCUAAAGUUAAAGUAAUUAUCUAGUUAAGCAUUAACUAGACCAUUAUUCUACUGGUCUAAAAACCAUUGUAUCCUUUAUUCUCCUUUUCACUGUAAUGGCCUUUUCACAUUUCUAAAUCCUAGCUUGACCUACUCUGAAUACUACAGAAUGAUUUAAAGCAGAUAGGAAUGUAUGUGUAUAUAUUUAUUGCACACUUGCACAUCAAAUCGAUGUACAUAGUAUAAUAUGUGGCCCUUUUGUGAAGCCUAGAACUCAGAGGAUUGCUUUUCCUUUGCCUAUUCUGAGUAACUGCAGUGCUUUCUUAGGGAAACUACAGGGCAAAGCUAUUUUUCUGUUGACUUUGGGCUAUAUUUGUGCAUUAAAUCUUUAUUC